AUUAAAUUAAAAUUAAAUAAACAUAAUUUUGGUUAAUUGAUAUGUUUAGUAAAAUCAAAAGUGUAAACAUUAAGGUUUAAUGUUUAUGAUUUAAUGUUUAGAGUUGAAGACUUAAAAAUUAAAUAAGUUUUAUAUGUUAUAGGUUUAGUGUUUGGGGAUUAAAAUUAUAAUUUUCUAAUUAAAUUGUAUGUUUGAUACAAUUUUUUUUUCUAUUUAUACUUUAUGGUUUAUAUUUUAAUUUAUAGUUUAAUCAAUUUAGAAUUUAUAAUUCAGGGUUUGGAUGAUGACAAAAGAAAACAUUUAGGCUUUGGAGCAAUGUGAAGUUUAGAGUUUAAUUUUAUGAUAUUGGAUUUUAAUUUUAAAUUAUUAAAUUAUUAAAUUUGGAAUUUAAAAUAUAAAAUAUAAAAUUUGAUGUUUAUAUUUAUGACUUGGGAGAUAGGGAUUAUGUUUAGUGUUUGCGAUUGGAGUAUAAUAUUUAUGGUUUAGAUUUACAAUUUGAACUUAAAUUUUGAAAAUAAUUAAAUUUUGACUUUAGAUUUAAGGUUUAAAGUUAAAUAUUAAAAAUAGAGUUUUAAGGUUUUUCUUAGGAGUUAAGUUUUAAAAGCAUUUUAGGAUUUAGGGUUUCACAUUAAUACAAUAAAAACAGUGGCAAAAUCGUGGCAUUUUGUGGCUAUUAUUUGUUAGCUACAAAAGUUUGUGACAAAAUCUUCACAAAAAAGAUAUUUUGUAAAUUAGCCAUGAAAAAUUUUGUGACUAAACCCGACAAAAGAAUAUUUUGGUAGACUGGCCAAGAUUUUAGCCAUGUUUUAUUCUGUGAAAAUUUUGUCACAAAACAUUCAUGGUAAAAUCUUGCCAUUUUAGCCACGUUUUAUUUUAUAGAAACUAGGAUUCGGACCCCCGCGGUUCGCGGAGGAAAAUAAAACAUAAUUAUUAUAUAUAAAAACCUCGAGAGCAAAAAUAAUUAUAUAUAAAAAUGAACAUUUUAACAUAUAAUUUUCUGAAACUGUUAGAUUAAAGAAUGAUAUUUAACAUAAUCACUAAAUAAAAUAAGUCUCUUGACACUCUUUAUUGCCUUCUAAUAAAUUUAUAUAUGAAUUUCUUAAAAAAUAAUAAAAUUUUCCAUCAGCCGUAAGAAUAUUCUUAUAAUAAUGUAUAAAGACAUUUUACAUAACUAAUAACAUUUGAAAGUUUGACUGGCCAGCAUAAAGGCAAACAUGUAAAUUUAAUAAAUAGUUGGGAAUGAUAUAAAAUAUAAAUUUGGACGAUGAUAGGGUGCAUUUGCGCAUUUUUUGGAAGAUUAUUUCAACAUUUGUCAAGUUUUAGAAGAGUAAAACACCUAUAGAGUAUUCAAUUAUUAUAAUUAAGGCUAAUAUACAAUUGAUGUAAAACUGUGUUUUCCAUAUAUAUUUUAUUAUCUUUUGAUUAAUGAAUCUCUUUAUUAAUGUGCACAGUUAUUUAUAUUAAAAAAAAAUGUAUGAUGGUAAAAAGUUUUAAAAUAUGCAAUGCCUAUUCCAUUUGCAAUGGUUGAUACAAAAUAUUGCAAUGGUUGAUCACGAUAUAUUGCAACUGUUAAUCAUCUAACUAUUGCAUUGAUACAUUUAUACAAUAUUACAAAUAUGCAUCAAGAAAAUUAGAAUGGUUUACUUUAAUUAUUUAAAUAAUGUUAAAUAUUCUUCUUUGAUCCAAACCCUUAAUGAGCAUUUCCCAUUUUUCAAGAGUUAGUGUGUUAGACGUCGACAUCACCUAUUUCCAAACACAAAUAUAAAAGCCUCUUCAAGACAACAAAGUAUGUUUUUCGGAAAAAGAAACGACAAAGCUAAAAGGAAACAAAAGCCUGACACCGGCCGGAGGUCACUGCGUGAUCGUAAGUAGUUAUUAGAUGCUACGUCUUUUUUCUUGGUAUUAUACUAAGUACUAUUCUGUAGAAGGAAUAAUAUGAUAAAAUAUGUUCAUUGUGUCUAAACUAACAUGGUUCAGCAAAACUAAUAUGCUCCUAGGCACACAUAAAUCAGUUUCUUUAAACCCGUUGUACAGUGUUCUGUUUUUCGAACAUUUGACUCAGUGGUUUAAAGAGAAUUAUUCAUCUUUUUCAAAUCUCACUGGGUGUUGUUGGUAUAAUUCUGCCCAUACAUAGUUAGUUACGCAUGCAAUUAUUCACAUUCGUAAAGAGUGAAGGAACAUCAAUCGAGUUUGGAAACAAAUAUGAACUUAUUGAGAAACAGUGAGCAAAUGAUUUCGUAGAGAGGAAAGAGGGCGAGAGGAACGUCUAUCGAUCAGCAGCCCCAAGUGACCAGUGAUUUUUUUUUUUGACCGGGUUUGGAAGUGGAGGGAACGGAGAAAUAGAAAAAUUUCGCAAGAGCUAAGCCAGAGAAUCAAAGUUUAUGCAAAAAAAAAGUCAACAAGCCAGAGAAAAUCUGAUGAAUAAACUACAAGAAAAUUUGCAUACUUAUACAAUCUAUUAUAUUAAGAAGUUUGUGGAAAGAGACUACUCUUAAUAAGGCAGAUGACGACGGUUAGACAGUUCUGCAGUUCGUGUAAAGCGGUGCCAUUUAGGAGCUAUGAAUUGGUGAACGAUGAGGACAUAGUUUUAUUUGUUUAUUUUUUUCCUAUAAAAACUGAAUGACGUCAAUGGUUAAAAAACAGAUUGCUAUUAUCUGUAAAAUAAAAGAUGAUAUACUUAUCUUAACGUUGUUUUAGGUAAAAAAAUAUUUCGUAAUGUGAAUUAUUAAGAAAAAACUGCAUCGGAUUUUUACAAAAAAAAAACAAUCUGAGUUCAGAUACAUACAAGUUUACUACAUCUUCUCUGGUUGCCUCAUGUAACAUAGUUGUCUUAGCUUAAAAUCCACAAAAUGUUUCUGGACGAAAAAAGAAGAAGAAACAAGCGCUUAAAAAAUGUGCAACAUUGCGACAUAAAUAUAUGAAACCUCCAUCACUUUCAUAUAUCUUGAAACCGUGAUAAAAGAAAGGUUACCACUGAAGUUAAUGGCUAGUGAUUUCAAAAUACCACAACUUCCUACCCAUUUUACGUACUUCCUCUCUCUUUUGCGUCUUCCUCACAUGCCCACAUCUCUAUUGCAAUUAUGAAUGGUGGAUGAUCGGGAGAUAAAAUUUGGUUAUGUAUCAAAAACUUUAAUCAGGAAUCAGGAAAAGAAAGAGGAAGGAUAAACUGGUUAUCAAAUAUAUAUAAACAGAGAAGAGACGCAAACCAGAAGGGGUCACAACUCCAUUAACGGACGCAAUGCUUCACUAAGGACACGACACAAAGCAGCGUCUUCGUCAAAAACGUAAGUCUAAUCUCAACCCUUAGAUAAAAAGGUGCGAUAAUAUCAACCAUUGGAUUAAAUUAAAUUUCUAAAAAGAUGACAUCAUCUAAAAAAGAUAGAACCCUUGGAUUAAAUAUCCAAUCGACAUGAACCAUUCGAUCUUCAAUUUUUUUUUCCUAUAAAAAAUGGGUGACAUCAGCGGAUACUAAAAUUCAGUUUGCUAUUAUAUAUAGAUUUCAUAAAUUCUUGCCAUAAUCUACACAUGAAUAGUCAUAUUUUUUAAUGAUUUUUUUGGUAACAUUUUCAUGGCUUUUUUAACAUUUGCCACGAAAUUUUCGUGGCUAUACCCGAACAUAAUUGAAAAACAAGACGAAAACAAAAGGAAAUAUUUUAAAAACAUUUACAAGUGAUAAGGAAAUGGAACAUAAAUAUGGUACUGGAAAUCUUUAAAAAUGAUUUAUCAUGUAAAAUUAUCAAAAAAUGCAUUUUUUUCCCUGUAAAAUGGGAUCAUUAUGAGGCCAUUUUACAACAUUUUCGUAUAAUUCCAAAUGGCUCCCUUCUCUUUCUUCUUCUUCUUCUUUUUCUUCUUUCCCCUCCCACCAGAUCAGAAGUGCAACAGCGGUGAGCUCAAAUCCUCGACUAUGGAACCAACUGCUUUUACACAUUCCUCUUCUCUCACUAGAUUCCCUUUCCCUCUCAAAGCCACUCUCCGUCUCAACUCCUUACUUCUUCAACCUACCACUCUUCCCAUUCACACCUCUCCCCGCCGAUCAGUUCAUCUACUGACCAAAUCAGCCUGCGAAAACCACAGUCACCAUCACCACCACGAGCACGAGCACGAUCAUCACCACCACCAUCAUCACCGACAUUGUUGUUCCGUGGGACAAACGGCAUCGAACUAUCCUCAGAAAGUGCUGAUCGAGUUCGCUAAGGCUAUUGGAUGGAUUCGAUUAGCCAACUUCCUCAGAGAACACCUCCACUUGUGCUGCUCCUCAGCCGUGCUCUUCAUUGCCGCCGCGGCUUGCCCUUACUUGAUUCCUAAGCCUUACAUCAAACCUCUUCAGAACUCCUUCAUGAUUGUUGCUUUCCCUUUCGUUGGAAUCUCAGCAUCACUUGACGCAAUUAUGGAUGUAGCUGGAGGAAAAGUGAACAUCCAUGUUCUAAUGGCAUUAGCAGCUUUUGCAUCUGUGUUUAUGGGAAACGCGUUGGAAGGAGGAUUGCUUCUUUCCAUGUUCAAUCUUGCUCAUAUUGCUGAGGAAUUCUUUACUAGGCGUUCCAUGGUCGAUGUUAAAGAGUUAAAGGAGAGUAAUCCAGAGACUGCACUGGUGAUUGAUGUGGAUAAUGACAAUGUACCAAACUUCUUUGAUUUGUCAUACAAAAGCGUCCAUUUGCACAAUGUAGAAGUUGGAUCCUAUAUAUUAGUAGGAACUGGUGAGAUAGUGCCUGUGGAUUGCCAAGUCUAUCAAGGUAAUGCAACUAUAACGGUUGAGCACUUGACUGGUGAGGUGAAGCCAUUGGAAGCAAAAGCUGGAGAGAGAGUGCCUGGUGGUGCGAGGAAUUUGGAUGGAAGAAUUAUUGUGAAGGUUAUGAAGGCAUGGAAUGAGUCGACACUAAAUAGGAUUCUACAGUUGACUGAGGAAGCAAACUCUAAUAAACCCAAAAUUCAGAGAUGGCUGGAUGAGUUUGGUGAGAUUUACAGCAAGGUGGUGGUUGUUUUAUCAGUAUCUAUUGCCUUCCUUGGUCCAGUUUUUUUCAAAUGGCCCUUUCUCAGCACCAUAGCAUGUAGAGGAUCUGUUUACAGAGCAUUAGGAUUUAUGAUGGCGGCAUCACCGUGUGCCUUGGCAGUUGCUCCAUUAGCUUAUGCUACUGCUAUUAGCUCAUGUGCCAGAAAGGGAAUAUUGCUGAAAGGUGGACAGGUACUGGAUGCUUUAGCUUCUUGCCAUACUAUUGGCUUUGACAAAACCGGGACCUUGACAACCGGUGGCCUUACAUGCAAAGCAAUUGAACCCAUUUAUGGGCAUGAAGAAGGAAAUAAUGCAAGUGUAACACCCUGUUGUAUCCCAAAUUGUGAAAAAGAAGCAUUAGCCGUUGUAGCUGCUAUGGAAAAAGGUACAACGCAUCCUAUUGGAAGAGCCAUGGUAGACCACAGUAUUGGCAAGGACCUGCCUUCUGUAUCUGUUGAAAGCUUUGAGUAUUUUCCUGGCAGAGGCCUUACUGCUACAGUUAACUGUGUUCAGUCGGUAACUGAAGACAGUAAAGUGCAGAAAGCGUCACUUGGUUCUGUAGAAUUCAUCACUUCACUCUUCAAAUCGCAAGACGAGUCUAGGAAGAUCAAGGAUGCUGUAAACUCAUCUUCGUACGGAAAUGACUUUGUUCAUGCCCUUCUUUCGCUUGAUCAAAAGGUAACAUUGAUUCACCUCGAGGAUCAGCCUCGUCCAGAGGUACCAAAAGUUAUAGCAGAACUAAAAAGCUGGGGUAGGCUUAGGAUAAUGAUGUUAACCGGAGACCAUGAGUCAAGUGCUUGGCGAGUUGCAAAUGCUGUGGGUAUUGAUGAAGUCUAUUGUAACCUAAAACCAGAAGACAAACUUAAUCAUGUCAAAAACAUCUCAAGAGAUUCAGGUGGAGGAUUAAUCAUGGUGGGAGAAGGCAUUAACGAUGGUCCAGCUUUAGCAGCUGCAACUGUAGGGUUUGUUCUUGCUCAACGUGCAAGUGGCACGGCUAUAGCGGUUGCUGAUGUCUUACUGCUUCGAGACAACAUCACUGGUGUUCCCUUCUGUAUUGCAAAAUCCCGUCAAACAACAUCACUGGUUAAGCAAAACGUGGCUAUUGCGUUAACCUCGAUACUCUUGGCCGCUCUCCCAUCAGUUCUCGGAUAUCUUCCUUUAUGGUUAACGGUGCUGUUGCAUGAAGGUGGAACGCUUCUUGUUUGCCUUAACUCGAUACGCGGUUUAAACGAUCCAUCAUGAUCAUGGAGACAAGACAUAACUCAAAUGAUCAGCAACUUCAACUAAGACACUUGUGUAAUGAUCGAACUCAAUUUCAUAUAAUCAAGUUUUUAGAAAAUUUGAAUUGAAUCUCAAAAUCUAAAAAAAAUCUCUAAACCCUACACUACGA